AUGCGCUGGACUGCUUCUGCGGAUCAGACGGUGAGCUCCGAGAUUACUGAUUGUGCUCUUUAUCCCUCUCGGUACCUGCAGAUUUCAAGCAUCAAAGAGGCACAGCUUAAGCGAGUCGAGUUCGCUACAUGCGUGGAACUUGCAGUUGGCGCGCCUCUACCCAUUCUGGCCUCUCUGCUGCUCAAGAUUAUUGAGACUCAUGACCUGAGCGUCGAUACCAUCAAGGUCGCGGCCGCAUGGCACUACGAGCGAGGGCAGCGUUGCCACCCCUUCUCCUGCCAAGCGAGGCCGUGCAAAGAAGACCCCCAGCGCCAAGGAGACCACUACUCCGACCCCCGCAAGCGCAAGCGCGUGAAGAGUCCAUCGCCUCAGCCCAAGCCUGAGUCCGACGACAACGCGGAUGACGACGCGUCUGAGUGUGAGCUGAAAGACUUUCUGAAUCACCAGACUGCGGCCGGCAAGUCCGAGGACUCCGAUGCCGAUGAGGCCGUCCACAGCCAGCAUGGGGGUAUUGAGGACCUGGAAGAGGAUGCUUGA